ACAGGCAUUGCCAAAGACAUAUGCUUACCCAAAAUUUCAGCGUGACCUCUACUGCAGUUGAAAAUACUUGGGAGCGGAGGCUGGAACCAUUGAAUUCUGACCAUAUAACCCAUCUCUGCCAUGAUACGGUGACAGUUUGAAUAAGAUACCCCUUCAGUUUUUGCAUCACCAUCGCAAAAAGGGCUUAUGUGCUCCUCGCGGCUUGAUUUUCGGCUCGGGGUGCACUGUGUUGUCGGGGAAGAGUCCGUUUCAGCUACACUGCAUCAACAUGGGUGUGAUUGGUGUGCAGCUGGUGGUUACCAUGGUAAUGGCCAGUGUAAUUCAGAAAAUCAUACCUCAUUAUUCCUUUGCAAGAUGGCUACUGUGCAGUGGCAGUCUUCGGUGGUAUCAGCACCCUACGGAAGAUGAGUUGAGGAGCUUAGCAGGGAAACAAAAAGGACAGAAGAGGAAAGACAGGAAGUACAACGGUCACAUAGAAAAUAAGCCGUUAACAGUUCCAAAGGACAUAGACUUACAGCUGGAGACAAAAUGCAUCACAGAAGUCGACACAUUAGCUUUGCACUACUUCCCCGAGUUCCAGUGGCUGGUGGAUUUCACAGUAGCAGCAACUGUGGUCUAUCUGAUAACAGAGCUGUACUACAGUGUGGCUCAGCCCUCAGGAGAGAUGAACAUCAGUGUGGUCUGGUGCCUGCUGGUACUUGCUUUUGUCAUCAAGACUCUUUUCUCUCUAACGGCCCACUACUUCAAACUGGAGGAAGGAGGCGAGCGCUCACUCUGCAUAACUUUUGCCUUCUUCUUUUUCGUCAAAGCCAUGGCCAUUCUCAUUGUCACCGAAAACUACCUGGAGUUUGGUUUAGAGACAGGUUUUGCAAACUUCUCCGACAGUGCUCUCGACUUUCUGGAGCACCAGGGCUUAGAGUCCCAGGGUCCCAUAUCUAAGCUCACCUUCAAGCUGAUCCUGGCCCUGCUCUGCUCCCUGAUUGGAGCGUUUCUAACUUUCCCUGGUCUUCGAUUGGCCCAGAUGCACCUGGAUGCACUCAAUCUGACCACAGCCAAAUUUACACAGACUCUUCUUCAUAUCAACUUCCUGUCCCCUCUUAUCAUGGUCCUGCUGUGGGUGAAACCCCUCACCAAGGACUACAUCAUGAACCCCACUCUGGAAAAGGAGAGUGUGCCUUUGAUGACUGAGCAGACGUUUGAUACGCUGCGGUUAUGGACCAUCAUACUGAUGUGUGUUCUACGGCUCAUGAUGAUGAGACAUCAUUUGCAGGCCUACCUCAACCUGGCCCAGAAGGGUGUGGACCAGAUGAAGAAGGAGGCAGGGCGGAUUAGUACCGUUGACCUACAGAAAAUGGUUGCACGGGUUUUUUACUAUUUGUGUGUAAUCGCACUACAGUAUGUGGCACCGCUGGUGAUGCUGCUACACACGACUUUGCUGCUAAAAACAUUAGGGGGACACUCCUGGUGGGUCUACCCUGAAGACGACCUCCCAUGUCUCUAUGAACUGAACUCUGACUCUGUGAUGGCAGCACCACCAGUAGCUGCCCCAACACCAGCUCCAGUUGUAGAGACAGGAGCCCGGGCGUCAGUCGCCCAGCUGUCAAUGGCCCUCGGGGGCCUGCGGACUGUCUUUAGCCCCUUGCUUUUCCGGGGCCUCUUCUCCUUCUUCACCUGGUGGAUCGCUGCCUGCCUGUUCUCCACUUCCCUCUUUGGCCUCUUCUACCAUCAGUAUCUCAUGGCCGCAUAGCAUCAGCGGCCCAGCUGUGGCAGCCAGACCCCCACAGGGCCGCUGCUGUGUUCGGCCCGAUCAGAAAGGACUGAGUGGGGGCAGCGGAGACCUAAUGAUGGCUGUGCUCCAAAACUCCUCCUCCCCUUCCUCCCGCCCUUUGACAACCUCACAGUGACUGACCAUAUCAUCGGAGCUUCUGGUUCAACUUCCUGUGCUUCCUCCAGAGAUAACUCUGUGAACUUGCAUCAUUGUUUUUACUACUACGACCACUACCUUUUUUUUUUAAUUGGGUGAGAAAGAUUUAUAAAGUAUGAGUAAGAAGAAUAUCAUCAGCAUAGUAGUGUAUUGGGUCUAAUGUGAUCAUCUGAAUAAGGUGAGGUGGAGUACUCCAUUCUUUAUUGUGAUUACAUGUUGAAAUGUGGCAGCCUUACUCAGUGUGACCAAAUUCAAGGAUGUCAGAAAAGUGGAGAAUAAUCAAAGUUCUCUUCAUCUAAUGAUCUUUAAUUAUAAAUGUUACAAUCACACUUUCCUCAAAUGAAGGAGAAGGUGUCAGAUUUCCAUCUGUGUUCCUUCUUUAUGAAUUGUAUUUGUUGUCAAUGGUACUCUAUUUAUAUACAUAGACCUAUUUAAAAACAAACCUUUUGGAGCAGCUGUGCAUGAAUGGAUACAUUCUGUUGGGUUUUAUUGGUCAGUACUAGAGAGCCCAUAAUUCAGUCUGUAUCACAGUCUAUGAUGGCACUACUUUCAUACAGUGAAAACUGUAAAGUUAUUAAUUAUAGGUGAUGAAAAAUGACAACUGGAGAUGUUGAAGAAGACUAAUGAGUGACUUAAAACCUAAAAUAACUCUUACUUAUUUCAACUAAUGUUUUUUUAACUGCCUUGUUUGUGCCCUAAGUUUCUCUUUUAUCAAAUCUUACAAAU